GGGAUAUGGGUGGAUAACUUUUAUUCUUAUCUUCCAGAUGCCCUUAGAUGGGCAGAGCAGACAGAAGAUGGAUCCUGAUAUCUCUCUCCUCUUCCAGUGCCCAUCUCCCAAGGGCAUCACAGAGGCUCAGGUCCGAGUUGAGCUCUCCCCACUGUACGACCGGUGCCCACUCCCUGGCGACAGGGCCCGGAUCGAGACAGCUUGGGUGGCACGUCGCCAGCAGAGCCCAUGGCUCUUUGACGGAGCCAAAUUCCGUCUCCACUCAAUCCAGCUGGAGGGGAACAUCUUAACCUUCUGCCUCGGUCUCACCUGCUACAAGGACUUUGUGGGCACCAACUUGGCGGACGCAGCCGGGCAGCUCCAGGAGCGUGGGCGCAAGGACUUAGGGAACAGCCAGGCCUACCUCGCCGAGCCCCUGGGGGUGGGCGCCAUGCUGCACACAGCGGAUGACAAGUUUGUCUUUUUGCGGCGGAGUCAGUGCGUAGGGGAGGCGCCUGGGAAGAUCGACAUUCCUGGAGGUCACCCUGAACCGCAGGUUGUCAUGGGAGAUGCCGCCUUGGAGGGGCCCGUCCGUCAUCAGGAUCUCCCAGGAGAAUCGGUGGUCAAGGAGUUGUUCUGCUCUGUGCUGCGAGAGAUCCAGGAUGAGGUGAACCUUCCACUGCCCACCCUCAGCAGCCCAAUGUUGCUCGGAAUAGCCCGGAACGAGACCAGCGCAGGCCGCUGCAGUGCUGAAUUCUACAUCAGGUGCAGUCUCAGCUCUGAGCAGGUGAGGCACCAUUAUGCUAUCGGGGGCCCUGAGGCCCAAGAGUCAACCAGCAUAAUCUUUGUUGACAGAGAGGAUGUCCUGACAAUGGAGCAGAGCGGGGACUUUUGGAAGGAACUGUGCCCAUCAGCCAAAGGGGCCAUAGAGCUCUAUAGAGGGGUCAUGGGCACAUGCCAAUGACGAGCCCAUUGGGAAGAGGUACUUCAAGGAAGUGAACUACUCUCUCAGGGACUAUUCAGAAUUACUUUACAUAGCACCCACCUACCCCAAAAUCACCAGCAGUCCUUUGGCAAAACAGGAAUAUUAUGCCAUAGUGGGAUUAUUCUCACCUCCCAAACCUCCCUUGAAACUGCACUGGCUGAGACCCACCUUAGCGCCUUGUGAGUCCUGUCGCUGUGCCUGUUUGUGCAACCUGUUUCUCAAUAAAGAAGUAGUAUUAUUUUUUAA